AUACGCCAAGUAUUAUAAGGAAAACAAUGUUGAAAAGCGGACUCUGAUCAAAGUCUUUGGGAUCCGUUUUGACAUUCUGGUUUUUGGCACGGGAGGAAAAUUUGACAUCAUCCAGCUGGUCACGUACAUUGGAUCCACCCUCUCCUACUUUGGUUUGGCCACUGUAUUCAUUGACUUUCUCAUCAACACAUACUCAAGCACCUUCUGUCGAUCCCGUGUCUACCCCUGUUGCAAGUUCUGUGAACCCUGUGCGGUCAAUGAAUACUACUACCGAAAGAAGUGUGAGUCAAUCAUGGAGCCAAAGCUGACGUUAAAGUAUAUAUCCUUUGUGGAUGAAUCCCAUGUUCGGAUGGUGGACCAGCAGCUACUUGGAAAAAGUCUGCAAGAUGUGGAGGGCCAACAAAUUCCAAGACCUGCGAUGGACUUCACAGACCUGUCCAAGCUGUCCCUGUCUCUCCAGGACCCACCCCCCACUCCUGGACAAGCACAGGAAAUGCAGCCACUUUGCAAACAGGUGACUCCCAGCUCUGGAGCCAGCCCCAGCUGGUGUCAGUGUGGUAGCUGCCUCCCUUCCCAGCUCCCCGAAAGCCACAAGUGCCUGGAGGAGCUGUGCUGCCGGAGAAAGCCAGGGCCGUGCAUCACCACCUCCGAGCUCUUCAGGAAGCUCGUGCUGUGCAGAGGAGCCCUGCAGCUCCUCCUGCUCUACCAGGAACCCUUGCUGGCACUGGAGUCAGAAGACACCAACCGCCGGCUGCGGCACUGCGCCUAUAGGUGCUAUACUACCUGGCGCUUUGGCUCCCGGGACAUGGCAGACUUUGCCAUCCUGCCCAGUUGCUGCCGCUGGCAGAUCCGGAAGGAGUUUCCCAAGAGUGAAGGGCGGUACAGCGGGUUCAGGAGUCCUUACUGACAGCCGGGCUGCGGCAGUCACGUGGAUAGUCCUGUGACGUGCACAGUCGGAGCGUCACACGCGUGACUCCGCAGCCUCAUUUUCAGCCAAAGGGAAAUGUGCUUUCCUCUCCUUCAGUCGUGAUGGCCCUGAUCGUGGGGUGAGCAGGACAGAAUAGCCAACCAACAAACCAGAAUUCCAAGGCUGGACUGAGUGCCAAAUGGAGAUUUAGGUCUGGAUUCCAAGCUGUGUGGUCCUGGGCCUUCAAUAUCUGUACCUCAGACUCCUCAUUACCAGCCAAUGUCAGAGCUAUUGUGAGGACAGAUUGAGUCUGUGACCAUGAACUGUUUGUGAAUGCGUGAAGAGUUCCAUGGAUGCAAAGUGUCCAAUUGUGAGGUCAGGCUAGGAUAUGUCUAACUAAGAGCAAACCCUUUGGAUCCUAGAUGGAGAAUGUGGGGUUUUAAAGGUGGCCAUACAUUCAUUGACCCUUGUCCUUCAAGACCUGAGGACUUUGUAUCCUCCCAUUGAGUGUGGUCAGCUCUGGUGGCCUUACUCAAUAAUGGAUGUGGUGCUGUAUCCAUUUUAGGGUCUUAAGAGGCUGGGAGCUUCUACUUGCUGUCCCUCAGAACUCUUGCCAAGGGGGAUACCAGCCCCCAAAAAAGAGACUAUUCCAAGACCAUCCUGCUUGAGGAAGCACAACCAGCCAUGUAAAAGGGGAAGUGCUCAACCAGCUCCCAGAUCUCAUGCCAUCCAAGCCACGUCACCACCCAUGAAGCAGCCUUCUGGUGGCUCCAAAACUGUAUUAGACACCUGAAAUGAGACCUGCCCAGGCAACCUGGAGGAACAAUCUGUUGCCUUAAAUCACUAGUUUGGGGACAAUAGAUAACUAGGACAAAAAGCAAACCUGAUGCAUGGAGACACAGACCCUGCCCACACCUUCUCUGAUUCUAAGGUACUUAGGGAGCUCAGACUGUCCUUGAGGCCCCUCUGGAGCUUAGGUCUCUGGUGGGACAGGUCUGAGGGGGCUGUGGACCAAAUGACAACAUCAGACCAGCCCUGGAAGCCAUCAAAUCUGUGUGCUACCCAAUACAUUCCAGUCCUCACAAUCCUAUGACUGCAAGUGAAACUAGAAAAGGCUGCCUUAGUGCUUUAACAUCCUGGAUUUUGCAACCAAUUAGAAUAGAUACAGUCUGGAUGCUGCUUUAAAAAGCAGCCCACACUGCCAGGCAUGGUUGGUACAUGCCUGUAAUCCCAGCAAUCAAGAGGCUAAGGUGGGAGGAUUGUGAGUUUGAGGCCAGCCUAGGC